AUGGUCACCUUUGGUGGCUACGUCCACAAGCAGCGAUACCGAUGGAGAUUGUCUCCUACACAGAAGGCUGGCCAGCGAAAGCGAAUGAAGGCCGUCGACUCAGUCAUGGAUGUUCUGCGAUCUAGCAUGGAGAAGCUCGGCGUCACUCCCAAGUUCCUCAUCAAGGCUGAGACCGAGUGCCCUCCUUCUUCGGCCAUGCUCCCCAAGGACAAGUACACCGUUUUCAGCAAGAACCACAAGGGUUACCGAAAAUCCGUUCACCGGGUGCCCAACUUCACCAAGACUACCAACCGAAAGAAUCCCCUUGGUUUCUAA